GCCAUCUGCACUGUGAACGAACAUUGAUGCAGCUGUCCUUUUUCGCGCGUCAUUGACAUGUAAACAUAAACUUUGAACAACACAGUGUGUUGAGUCCUUUCGUGAAAAUUCGAUUUUUCAUUACUCAAAUUAAUGGAUGUUUGGAAGUGGGCUGAAUUGGUAUUAAGUUUAAUUUUCGAUAGGACAUAACGAAAUCCCAAUAAAUGUGACCGUUCCUGCGAAAAUAGUGAAAAUAAAAAAAAAACUGCGCAAAUAGGACUAAAAGGAUUUGAUAAUGGGAAACUUUUUGAGCCAAUUGUUUCGACUGUUUGUGAUUGGUCCGAACCAAAGGGAAUCUCUGCCACUGGAAGUGACCGAACCAGCGUUGGAUGUUACUGAAAAUAAGAAUGAGGACGUAGUUGUUGAUCCAGAAUGCAUAUUCAAAUUGGACGUAGACUGUUUUGAGGAGCUGUUUGAAUGGUUGUCAAUGGAAGAUUUACGGGCAUUGCGUCGCACAUGUACACGGUUCAAAAAAGUCAUCGAUUAUUACAUUGAAUCGAAUUACCCUAAUGGAUUUGGAAUGCUCUAUUUUGACGAUUAUUUGCAACAUUUCGAACUAUUCAGUGCAGACUUUUGUAAAUUGUUCAAAGAAAUCGAAAUCAGCGACCAUCAACUCACUGAAGAUGUGAUUGGGCGCAUCAAAAAUGUGCAUCUCAACCGAGUCACAAUCCUCUCAAAUGACAUUGGCAUUAAAUAUUUGGAUGCAUUUCUGCAACAUUGCACCAACUUAAAAACGCUCAACAUCAUUUUCCAUGAAGUGCUUGCUGAAAGUGAAAUGGGAAAGCAGUGGCUCCAUCGUCACUAUCCACAAUUGGAGCAUUUGAUAAUGUGUGACUAUCGCGACUAUAUUCGACGAGCGAAAAAUAUUCCCGAACUUCAAAUAUUUUUCGAUCUAAAUCCAAGUGUUAAGGUUUUUUCAACUACAGCAUCUAUUCUGCAAAGCAAUUUAACCUGGAUGGUGACAUCGAACUUAAAAUUUGAUCGUUUAAUCAUAUUGGACGUUGAUUGCUUUGAAUUUGACAUGGACCAACUGUGUGAACUUUUGGAGGAAAUUUUUGCACACGGAUUUUACACGCAAUUACAUUUUUACGCUAUCAAUGUUUACCGACAACCGCAAAUCGAUCGAAUCGCUACGUUAACAGCGCUGGAGAAAUUGCACUUGCAAUUUCAUGGUGAAGACGUAAAUUAUUCGAUUCCACCCAAUCAUUCGGACAGCCUGAAAGAAUUGAGCGUUUGUUGGGCCGUAUAUCUGAGCAAUUUGGAUCCACUCGAUAAAAAUCUCUAUCCGAAAAAUAUCGAACGUUUUUGCUUCGAAUCAGUCAGUUCAGAUUCAAUUCUACGAUUCAUUCGACAUGCAACCAAAGUAAAACAAAUUAAAAUUGAUGUUAUCGAAGAUGAAAAUCGAUUUUUAGACACAAUCACCAAUUUAUCAGCACUUAACCAAGAACGAAAACAAUUGAUUGAUGCCAAAAAAAUUACAAUUUACAUUCGUGAAAAAUUAUUUUUAGCCAUCAAAUUGGCAACGACAAACACCGACUUCGAAUUCAUUGAAAUCCAACGAUUAGAAACAAUCGAUUGGGAAAAUGCGUUUUAUAAACGAGUCUUUUGAAGAAAUAUUUCUUCAAUGUGCAUAUGCACCUCAGUGUUUAACUCGUUUUUCCCCGUGUGUUCGAAAAAUCGAACAUUAUAUAUGGAAAGUGGAAAGCCCAGUAGGAAAUUGGUUGAAGCAACUCUCACAAGCGAGUCACUAUAUUUAAUGAGAAAAACUCAGUUUUGCUAUAUAUUCUACUCUUCAUAAACGAUAUUGCAAAGUCAAAAGCUAUUGAAAUGCCAAUGAAAUUAAAUUAAAAGCCUUUUUUGUGUUCAAACAAUAAUUUAUUUUGCGAAUUAUGCUUUAAAGUUUAAACUGUGUCGUGUGCGUUCCUUAGACUAAAUUUAAAUGCUUCUACCUAUCGAUUUUUGAGAUAAGUAAUAAAAAUAACGUUCAUUUUGUGAAUAAAUAGAAUAAAUUGUGUGCAUCAAUUUAA